AUGGAGCCAUUUACCCCUGAGGCUUCUGAUGACGGAUGCUUGUCAGACGGAGAAGACAUCCCCCGCCGUUUUGAGUCUGCUGCCAGGACCCUGGCCUGUCGUCUGCGUACCCCUAUCGACAUUGACACUAUUCUCAACAGUAUUCUGCGAGUCGCGAAUGCUCCCGAGGCCCACGAGCUUGAUGAACACCUGAGCCAAGCCCUGAGGCGGUUUUCGAAGCUGCAGCAGUCCCAGAUCAGAUCUUUUGCCCACAAGAUCUCGCAAAUUCAUGAGGAGAGUCACCAGCACGAUGAUGACGACGAUGUUGAGGCCGUUACUCUCCAUUCACAUGUGGGAUCUCCUCUUGUGGCUGAAAGUGGAAGUUCCGCGCGCUGCGGAAGGGUCGGGGAAGAGCUCGAGCGACUUGCCACGCAGGUCAACAACAACAGUACCGGCGGUUAUGAUGAGCCUAUCACGAACACAACACUGAUUGAGCGCCCCCGAGUGGGUAUCGCUACUGAGAGCCCGAAACCAAGUCCUUCUGGCAGUAGGUCUAGCACCGCCACUGAUGAAACCAGCCCGGAAGAGACUGUCUCCGAAGAACCUGAUAAGGUGGUCUCCCCGAGAUCAACCGGCAGGGUACGACACUUCCUACUAGAUCAAUCGGUUGCCGAUUUCAUCCACGAAAGUUACGAGCAGGUCCAACGGCUAAGCCUUCCUGGCAACUCCCACCCAAACCAACGAGGAGAACGAAUGGUCCUACGGAUCCCAGUGGGUGGCCGUGGUCGAAGCAGGAGACAACGACCGGUGCAUGGGAGUAUCCGCUUUGCGUUGACGGCUUGUGGGUUUGCUCAAUGGCAUCAAUCUCAAGUGAGAUGGCUUGAGCGCGCAGCGUGCAUGGACACGCAACUUGCCAUAAACGCAGUGUACGAAAGGGUUCUUGGCCAAAAGCCCGAACAGCCUGGGGCCAGCCAGGACCAGUGGAGACGGCACCGCCAAAAGCUUUCGACAUAUUGCACACGUGUUAAGAAGUGGCUUCGAUUGCUAGGUGCAUUCGGCUACGGUAUCUUAUUCAAGGAUGCUUGGGGGCUGGUCAAGUCUAAGGAUACAGAGCUAGACACUCUGAUCAUGGAGUGCACCCAUCAGACACAUAAGAUGGAUGUGCUGGAACUCCUAAAGGAACAGAUGGUGUUCCUCCUGAAUUCAGGCAGGACGAAGUCCGACGAGUUCCGGAACCAGCUGAUGGGAAAGGGGUACCCUGACCCUGGCACAACGUUGACUACCUUUACUAGGGGUAAUGGUGAGGUCGACGCCUUCUCCAAGGAGGUUCGAGGUUCAGGCAUGUCUGAUAGCCUUCUCAUUCCACAAUCUGAAUUUCGAUUCGACAUAAUAUCAUUGCAGAGGCUUGGUUCCACAACCUGGCUGAACGAUGACAUUGUGCUCGCCUGUUUGCACCUCUCCACAAAGCUUCCUUGCGUAGCUUCUAAUAAAGAGUUUCCAGAGUUCCAAUAUAUCGAGGAGGAAGUCAUGCGCCAGAACGAUACGCAUAGCUGCGGACUGUCGGUAAUCAAGAAUGCUCGUGAUAGAAUGAUGGGUCGACCGGUGAGCGGAGAAUCGCAUUGUUACGACCCGAUUGAGCUGAGGAUGGAAGCUCUUCGCAUCCUACAAUCGGCAUGGAGGGAUAGUGCCUUGGUUGUUUUGCUGAUGGAGGACACGCACAGGAAACGCAAGCCUAAACACAAUGGCAUUGGCGGGACUUACAAGCGACAGAAGACAAGGACUAUGUAG